AUGAUGUCGAGCUUCGCCGAAUCCGAUCAACUAUCUCCAGACCCUACUCAAGAGAACACGCCCUCUGCCGAAGCCAUGGUGGUCACUCGCUCAUUCUCCAAUAUGAUAAAGGCAGAGGACUAUGAUCAAAGCAGCCCACAAUCCCCAGUGGAUACUGGUGGAGAAGCUGUGGAUAAUGAGCUCUUUGUCCCUCUCUCUGGCCCUCUGCCCACGACUUCCACUGCAGAUGAAGCGCAGAACACAGCCACCCCGAAUCCCACACCUCCAGAGCCUCCAAAGGCAACAAAACCAACACGGGGACGCAAGAGAAAGACCCCUGUCGCAACCACAGAGUCUGAACCGGCCAAGAAAAAGAAAGCCCCGGCUGUCAAGCCCAGCCCGGCCGAAGCGGAUCCCCUCGAGUUCACUGAAGCGAAGCCCGAUGUUGCCACGAUGAUGGGAUUUCCGCUACCAAAGAUCAAUCAUGGCGGAACUCGGCCGUUGAGAGUGCCCCGGGAUUUGUAUUCCACCCCCUCGAUCAGUGAUAUGGACGAUGCCAAUGCAGUUGAACGGGUGUUCCGGGACCUUCUCGCCGUCCGAGAAGUUGUCGACUGGGAGUCCCGAUGGCUUGGUCGUCGACUGUGGCUGUUGCGAAAGAAGGCUGCUCUCGAGGCGCAACGGGAGGAUGCCCGGCUCUCGAAGAUGUGGGAGCAGGACAACGGGUCUCUGGAAGAGGACAUCAAGAAGCUGGAGGCAGAGAACGGAAAGCUCGACAAGUAG